UUUUUUUUAUUAUUAUUUGCAGAUUACAUCAAAAUACCAAAGCCACACUACCAACAACUAUAAAUAAAUUUCCUUCAAUCAUGGACGAACUAGAAAUAACCCUUGGCGGGAUCAAAUCCAUUGAGAAAGCAAAAGACCAUUUUGUAAUAGAAUAUGACUCAGCAUACUCUGGCAGAUUAUACAUGCUCAAUGGCCAUACCUUCAGGUAUUUUGUGUCUAAAGAAGAUUUCAUUGACUUCCCAGAACCUAGGAAUGAAGAAGAUAUUGCUAAAAUGGUGCUCAAGAGUGUGGACGAGUAUGACACAGUUCCCUUCGUUAUAUCCACCAUAGAAGAGACUGAAGAAUCUUUCAUAAUAGAUGCAGAGAAUAUUAAAAUUUACUUUGAUAAAGAAAAUGGUACAAUGAAGGUAAAAGAUAAACGCAAUAACAAAAAAGUAUUGCAAGAAGCUAGUCCAUUAUCAUUUGUUAAUAACAAAACAAUACAAGUAUUAGUUCAUCACAAAGAUGAACAUUUCUUCGGUGGUGGAAUGCAAAACGGUAGAUUUGCUCAUAAGGGAGAAAGCAUACAGAUAGUAAAUACCAACAACUGGAUAGAUGGUGGAGUCACAUCUCCAAACCCAUUUUAUUGGUCAACCUACGGUUAUGGGGUCAUGAGAAAUACUUGGCAAUCGGGCUUGUAUGAUUUUGGAUCGAAAAUCGAGAAAUACGUAACAACUACACAUAACGAAAAAUAUUUCGAUGCAUUUUACUUCAUCAGCCCUCAUCCUAAAGAUAUUCUGCUGGAUUAUUUUCAUCUCACGGGUCGGCCGAUUUUGCUUCCCGAAUACGCCUUUUAUCAAGCGCAUUUGAACGCAUUCAACAGAGACUAUUGGGUCGAAGUAACGGCUGGCACGCAAGGUGCUAUUCUGUACGAAGAUGGAAAGUAUUAUAAAAGCUAUCAGCCCAAAGAUAUAGGAAACAAAACGGGAAUUCUAGAAUCUCUGAACGGUGAAUUAAAUAACUACCAAUUUUCUGCGCGAGCGAUGAUAGACAGAUAUGUAAACCAUGAUAUGCCGCUCGGUUGGUUUAUACCCAACGAUGGAUACGGCUCAGGGUAUGGUCAAACAGACUCACUACAGGGAGACAUCCAAAAUUUGAAAGAAUUUGCGAUGUAUGCGAGAAAGCACGGAGUGGAAGUUGCUCUGUGGACGGAAUCCAAUCUCGAGCCCGAAGACCCUGAAAACCCGAAGAAAGGAGAAAGAGAUCUGAGCAGAGAAGUUAGUGAGGCGGAUGUGGUGGCCCUGAAAUGUGACGUGGCUUGGAUUGGUUACGGUUAUUCCUUCGGACUGAAUGCAGUCGAAACGGCUACUACGAUAUUUAACUCGUCAACUAAGAGAGCCGCGAGACCAUUUAUUAUAAUGGUAGAUGGUUGGGCGGGGACACAAAGAUACGCGGGGAUCUGGAGCGGAGAUCAGUCCGGCGGACAAUGGGAAUAUAUACGCUUCCACAUCCCUACAUACAUCGGAUCAGGCCUUUCAGGGCAACCUGUUAUUGGCUCCGACAUGGACGGAAUAUAUUACGGUGGUAAAAAAGAAGUCAACAUUCGGGAUUACCAAUGGAAAGCGUUUACUCCUCUGCAACUGAAUAUGGACGGAUGGGGCUCGGUCCCUAAAACACCUUUCACUUUUGAUAAUGAAGCUAUUUAUCUCAACAGAGCUUAUUUAAAACUGAAAUCGGUACUCGUGCCAUACACUUACUCUAUCAACUACGAAUCUAUUCGAGGUUUGCCCAUGGUAAGAGCCAUGUUCCUCGAGUUUCCUGAAGAAACUCCGGCUUACACGAAUGAUUCUAAAUAUCAGUACAUGUGGGGCCCAAAUAUUCUCGUAGCGCCAGUGUACACGCCAGAUCCUUUCAGGAAUGGCAUUUACCUGCCCAACCCUCAACAGGUAUGGAUAGACUUCAUUAGUGGAGACAUGUACCAAGGUGGUAAGAUUUACAACAACUUCAAAACUCCUCUUUGGAAGAUUCCAGUUUUUAUCAAAAAUGGUGCUAUUAUUCCUACAACAGAAGCCAACAAUAACCCUUCUGAAAUUAAAAGAGACAGUAGAUCGUUUUAUCUUUACCCUUCUGGGGCAUCAAGCUUCGAGGUGUACGAAGACGACGGUAUUUCGGUUGAAUACGAGAAAGGACAUUUUGCUAAAACAAAAGUAAAAAUGGCCACAAACGAAUCCAAUAAAAAUGAACCAGAUGACCUUUAUGUUAGUAUUGAAGAAACCAAAGGAAAGUACAAAGGCAUGGUAAAUGAAAGAAGAACUUUAAUUAAAAUAAUGACUUCUGUUGAACCAAAGGAGGUAGAAAUAAUGUUCCAUGGACAAUAUAUUCCUUUGAAGAAAGCGGAAUCAGAGUCUGAGUACAACGCUAAGGAAGAUGUUUAUUUCGUCAAGGAUGACGAAAUUGUGAUCCCAUUUAUGCGAGAUAUUGCCGCAGAAAAUCUUACGCAGAAGUUUCUGCUGAUAAAAUUGAAAACAAUCGACGUGACCAAAGAAAAACUCCAUUUGAAAGUUACAGGUUUUGAAAAUAGACGUAAAGUAUUUGGCAAAGACAAUGGUCUUAACUCUUCGCUUCCGACACCGACCAACUUCGCAGUUCAUGAAGCGACGCCUACAUCUCUGAUAUUGUCUUGGGACGAAGUAAAUGAAGCAAAAUACUAUGAAAUAGAGAGAGAUGGCUACAUAUUCAGCAACAUUAUCGGAAACAAAUUUAGCUUUCACGGCUUUAAAUAUGUAACGGAACAUUCCUUUAGAAUUCGUAGUGUAAACGAUGGCGAAUCGGAAUGGAGCGACAUUCUCUCGACCUUUACAAAGGAAGACCCUUAUAAAAACACACUAAAGGACGUAAAGGUGUCCUGCAAUUUCCCGUGUCAGCCGAACCAGGAGAUUUGCAAGCUCACCGAUGGGGACGCGAAUUCCUUGUGGCACACGCACUGGGGCUCACCUGGCAAGCUGUGCCCUGUCAAAGGAAAAGUCAUAAAGCUAAAUUUCGAUUUGGGACAAGUGCACGAGGUUGAAAAGAUGGAGUACCUGCCUCGAGAGGAUGCCGGUAACGGGACAUUGCUCCUGAUUCAGUACAGGCUCUCAAGUGAUGGCAAAAACUGGACACCCUUGUCUCCAAAGAUUUACUUGAAACAUGAUGCGGAGACAAAGACAAUCAGGUUGGACAGUGCCUUCAGGUACAUAGAUUUACACGUUUUAGAUAGUGUCGGUAGCUUCGGAUCUGGGAAGCUUGUGCGUUUUUAUAAGAAAUUAUAAAUUUAAGCUUAAA